AUGGCGUCCGCCUCCGCGUCGCUGGGCUCGCAUCCCGCGGGCAGGAAGCUCACGGUGGACGAUUUGAUCCUCGGAUGCUCUCCACUCGCGGGCAUCUACGCGUCCUCCACCCCCGAGCGCGCCACCGAGACGGUUCGCGCGGCGCUCGACGCGGGAAUCACCCGCUUCGACACCGCGCCCCACUACGGCCUCGGCCUCUCCGAGCGAAGGCUCGGCGACGCGCUGCGAGAGUGCGGCGCGGACAUGAGCAAAACGCGCGUGUACACCAAGGUGGGCCGCGUGAUGAAACCCAAGGACGAGGUGACGGCGUCGGAGAAGGAAUCCGUCGUCGAGUGGGGCAACGUUCCGGGCGAUCCCGGUUGCAUCUUCCCGGACGCGCCCGUCGACGUCCUUCCAGUGCUGGACUACACGGGACUGGGCUUCCGCCGAUCCCACGCCGACUCCCUCGCGCGCCUCAAUCUUCGUUCCGUGGACGGCCUGAGGAUCCACGACGCGGAAGACGAGGCGAGGUACGCGCAGGCCAACGCGGGCGGCGGCGUCGCCGAGCUCGUCAAGCUCAGAGACGAAGGCGCCAUCAACGAAGUGUCCCUCGGAAUGAACGACGCGACGUUCGUGCGGCGCAUGCUGGAAGAUAACCCGCCAAACACGUUCGACUCGGUGAUGAUGGCGGGUGCGUGGAACCUGCUCGAUCAGGACGGUUGGGACGUCCUUUUGGAGUGCGAGCGCAGGGGCGUCGCGGUGCACAACGCGGGCAUCUUCGCGAGCGGUUUGCUCGUCGGCGGUUCGCACUACAAGUACGCGCCCGCCCCGCCGGACAUCGUGGCGCGGACCGAGCGGUGGAGGGCGCUCGCGGAGGACAAGCACGGCGUGCCCUUGCCCGCGGUCGCCAUCGCGUUCGCGUGCGCGCCGCGGGUCGUUAAAGGGUGCGCCGUCGGGGUCAAGUCGCCGGAGGAGGUUGCGCAGAGCGUGGCGUGGCUGGCGGACGCCAACGCGGUGCCUGCACAGCUGUGGGUCGACGCGAAGGAGCUCGGUCUGCUCGCCCCGGACGUGCCGACGCCCUCGCCUGCUUGA